CGGUUCCCGGCGCUCGGGGGAUCCCGGCGCUCCGACAUCGCUGGGUCGGGAGGUGCUCUCGGCCAUCGGGCCCGCGGGGCUGCUUUGCAGGGAGGGCGUUGGCUUCCUGGCUGGGAAUGGGGCGACGUUCAUCCCUCGCUUAUGAGCGGAGAUGUCCCGCCUCACGUCCUCCUGCCGUUGUGCUGCUGGGGCUGAAUGUUUAUCAGAAACCACUAACACAGCUGGUCCUGUAGAUGGCAAGGAAGAACUCUUGGGCGAAUGUGAGAGUAUUUGGAAGCAGAUGGAAGAGUGUCUGAGCAAGCUAAUGCUUCUAGGAACAGAGACACUGCUAGAAUCAGAUGCCAAGCUUUCCUUGUUAAUGCUGCGAUGGAAAGCUUUAACUGUAGAUUCUCGUCAAUGGCAAGUGAGAAAUCCUGAAAUAAUUUCUACCAAUCCAGAUGCACUGUUAGAAUUAGGAAAAGAAGAGUUGCAGAAGGUAAAAAAUGAUCUUGAAAGGAUCCUGUCAGCAGUUCGGUCAAAGAAUAAACAUCUGGAAGAAGAUCUAAAAAGAGAACAGCAGUGGUAUGAGGAACAGAAACAGAUGCUAGAUACUCUUAAUAAAAUGGAAGAAGAGGCAAAUAUCCAAGUUGAACAACCUUCAACAAAAAGUUUGAAAGUGAGAGAGUUGAACGAACUGAAAAGUAAAAUACGGAAAUUAAAGACCUAUAAGAAAAAACUCUUGAGUGCUUUGGGUGAAUUCCUGAGUGAACACUUUCCCCUUCCAGAGAAAGAUGAAAAUAUUGAAAACAAGAACCCAUCUUCAGAGAAAGUUGUAAAACUGAUAACAUUGCAAGACAUUUUAGAGAUGCUGAUAAACAAAUUAAUGACCACACCACAUGAACCUUACAUAACAAUCAGUGAGUCAUUUUGGCCACCUUAUAUUGAGCUGCUGCUGCGAUGUGGAAUGGCCCUGAGACAUCCAAAAGAUCCAAGCAGAAUGCGCCUCCAAGCUUUUCACAAGUAGUGUGACCUAUAAGUGCACACAUGGAAAAAAAAAACCAACACCAGUACUCUUGGGCUAAAAUUCAGGGCUAGGACAUACUUAGUUUCAUACUAAGCUUUCUUAGUAUCAAUGAUCACAUCUUGUUGGUUUUUUUAUUCUUUUUUAUUAAAGUGGAUUUUUAAAAGCAUGUUAUUUGGAAAUAGGAAAAAAAAAAAGAGAAAUCUAUUUUAACCGCUUACAGUUGGCCUUCAGUGUCAUAUCAAGAUUUCCAUUGUGGAAGAUUUUUUAACUGCUUCUAAGUAAGAUAGGUGCCAAUUAGUGUAAUAGACAAAAUCUUUUUGUUUUAACAGUCCUUUUAAUUUUAAAAAUCAUACUUUAUACAUUACUUUUAUGGCUUAGAUUUCUUAGACUGCCUGAAGUUGUCUCAGUUUCCUUUAGUAUUUUCUUGUACACUGUAAAGGCAGAAUUCAGAAUAAUACCACUCCUCCUGUGCAUGGCCUUGCAAACAUUUGGAACUAUCAGACAGGUAUCCUCUUAAGAAAUGUGUUAAGCCUUGUUUGUUUCUCAGAGCCUUGGCAAACAAUUUUAUUGGCUCCAAGAUAAACAGUUAGGAAACCUGACACAUCUUUCUGUGCAAAGUGUAGCAGAUGUCUAGUCUUUGCCUUUCACUGCAUGCUUCCCAAAUGGACCAUUUUGUUUGCAUUUUGCUUUGUUUACUAUAUUGCCUUACAGUAUCUGUCUUCACUUUUUCAGACCUGGUUUAUUAGGCUUUUAAUGGGUUUCUGUUCUGUUCAUCUCUAAAGCUUCUAAAUUAUGUCAGUUGAGAGUUACCUUCCUACUCAAUGCAAGUUUGUCCUUUAUUAACUAGAGUGUGGUUUAUUGAGGGAGGAAUUUUGAUGAUUUUUCAAUAGAUGGAAAAAUAAAGAGCUAGUAUACUAUCAACAGAAUGUUUUUGUAUGAUGAUUUUUAGAGUGGUAUUUAUGUGAUUUGGUGUGGUGACUUGUAAAGAAGAUUUAAGGACGCAUGGGAGAGGUAAGGGGGACUAAUAUCAUGUAAGUUCCAGUAUAAUUGUCCAGUAUAAAUGUUAAUUAUAAUUAAAUUUUAAGCAAAAAAAAAAAAA